AGGGUGUGGGACAACCUGACUGAGCACCAGGACUCCUCUGCAAAGACCUGGACCCCAGCUCUGAGAAAAUAUGGCUGACACAAAUGUUAGAAUCAGUGGGGGGGCAGUCAGAUUUGGAGCCACUUAUGGAGGCAACCGUUUGUUCACAGGGACCAGAGGAGGUGGAGGUUCUAUGAUAGGUCUGUCCCGUUCACUUGGUCUGUCGAGGGGUGCAGGAGCCACCAGUGGAGGUCUUGGAUUUGGGCUUGGAAUUGGAGGUCUAGGUCUAGGUCUAGGUCUGGGUGCUGGUGCAGUUGUUGGUGUAGGUGCUGGUGGAGCAGGUAUUGGCCUGGGUGGAGGCACACUUGCCUUAGGUAGUGGUUUUGGAGCUGCAGGCGCCAGAGUUGCAGGCUUCAGGGCUGGUGUGGCACCUCUAAGAGCUCGUCUGGGUGGCCGUGUCUUCAAGAUUGGAGGUUAUGGUUUUAACCCAUCCUUCUUGAGCAACAGCACCACAGUGGAUGCAGGUAUCAGUCCAGUACCCACCAUUGACCCCACACUCCCAUCCAUGGACACUGUGCAGGUCAUGCGCUUGAAGGAGAAAGAAGAGCUGCAAGUACUCAAUGACAAAUUUGCAUCUUUCAUUGAUAAGGCUCGGUCGCUGGAGCAGCACAAUGCUAUACUGAAAGCCAAGAUUUCCAUGUUCACCAAUCCUGAGCAUGGUGGUCCUGCCAGCACUUCCAUCCUGCUCACAUCAGCUAUCGGAAGCUACAAAUCCCAGAUUGAUGGUCUUACUGCCACUAAAGAGGCCAUCAUCGCUGAGAUCGAACACUAUAAAGGCAUCAUCGCUGAUGUGCAGGCCAGAUAUGAAGAGGAAGCGGCUCAGACCAAAUCUCUGGAGUUGGACUGGAGCGCUUUAAAGGAGGAGGUGGACAACCUUUACCUCACUAUUUUUGAGCUGCAAGCUGGCAUCACUGGUGUGGAAGAACAGAUUGCUCUGUCCAAGCAGGUGUAUGAUGCUAAAGUUAAAGAGGUCAGGAACAUUGUGACUGGCAGCGUGAAGUCAGCUGUCUCCAUCUCUGUGGAUAACACAGCACAGGCGCAAGACCUGACCUCCGCCCUUGCUGAUGUUAAAGCUCACUAUGAAGCUCUGGCACAGCGCAGCAAACAGGAUGCACUUCUCUCCGUGCAGGACAGUCUUUCCAUGAUGGCCAUUUCAACUCAGCCCAGUAUUCAGUCCCUCACUUCGGCCAAAGAGGAGCUGCGAGUCUACAAACUACAGAUUGACUCUGUGCAGAGAGAAAUCGACCGACUCAAAUCAUUGAACAUCCAGCUAGAAUCUCAGGUGGACGAGGCUGAAUCUCACUCCAACUCACAUUCCGAGACCUACCAGGAACAAGUGACUGCUCUCAGGUCCCAGCUGGAUGACCUCAGAAAGCAAAUCACACAUUACGGACAAGAAUACCAAGAACUUCUGGCCAGCAAAAUGUCUCUGGAUGUCGAAAUCACAGCUUACAAAAAACUCCUGGACAGUGAGGAGAACAGGCUGAAGUCUGGGGGCGGUAUCACAGUGCACAUGUCUAAGACAGCAGUAGGAGGAGCAGCUGGAGGCACAGCAGGAGGUGCUGGAGCUGCUCUGGCUCUCGCUGCAGGAGGAGGAGGAGGAGGAGGACUGGGAGGAGGUGCAGGCCUUGGCCUUGGAGGUGCUGGCUUUGGCCUUGGAGGUGGAUAUGGCUAUGGUCUAGGCCUGGGUGUAGGAGGUCUCGGAGGUGGUCUUGGAAGUGGUCUCGGAGGUGGCAUUGGAAGUGGUCUUGGAAUGGGAUUUGGAGGAGGAGGAGGGCUAGGAGGAGCUGGGAGCAGCUAUAUGUCAUCCAGCUUGAGCAGCAGUGCUCUCUCAACCAGUGUUUACUGAAGAAACAAAAUCAUCCAGCUUCUUUAAAACACUGAAUGGCAAACCAUUGGCCUGAAUAUUGCUUCCUAAAAUACCCUCCAGCUGUUUAUUUCCACAAAAACUCCUCACAUACUUCAAGAUUCCAUCAACUCAAUGACAUUGGGUUGUUUUGUAUUUUCAUAAUCAAUAAAACAUUCCUAGUUUUUAAAUUCAUAUGGUGGUAAGACCCAAUAAAAAAAGUGUCCAUUUAA